AUGCAUUAAAGACAUACAAAACUAUUUGAAUCUGGUGGUGAGACAGUAAAGAGAAACUUGCUGGAAUGUUAUUCUAUGUAGAAUCGAAAGCCAAAUAAUAAUGAAGAUUAUUAGUUACGUGAAUAGGUGGAGAGAUUAACGAAUGAAUUAAUAAAUUUGAAGAAUAAGGAUAAAACAAAAGUUUAUGAAGAUAAAUAGAUACAAUGCGAAGAUAAGAGAUAAGAAUUAUUAAAUGAGGUAAUAAAAUAGAAGGAUAAAUCAAUUGAAUAGUAUGAGAAAUAGAUUCUAAGUUUUAAGAACAUGAUUUUAUAGUCUAAUUAAUAGAAAAAGGAAUUACUUUUAAAAUUAGAGAAGUAAGAUCCAAUGAGAAAAAGUUAGGUACUAAUGAACUCUAAAACUACUCAAACAGAUUUUAAUUAAAAUCAAGUUUCGUAAGCAUAGUAAACAGAACUUGAUUUAGGGAUAAUAUUUGGAGUGAAAUAAGUUGAUCCAAAAAUAAAGAUGAAACAAUAAAUAUCGAGAUUAGUUUAGACAGAUACUAUAUAAUAUGAAGAUAAAGGAAUAUUGGAUGUAAAUGAAAUGCUUAAGGAAUUAGAAUAAUAUAAAAUAAUUUUAAGAGAUUAUGAUUUAGAAAAUAGAAGAUUAAAAGCAUAAAUUUAAUGCAAAAUAGAAAAUAUAAAUAAAGAUACUUAAACUACAGUAGAAUAAGAAGAUUAGAGUAUUUAAGUUGAAGAUGAGUUUAAGGAUUAGAUGAAUAGUAUAGUUUAAGAAUAUAAAAGUUAAAUUGAGAAUUAGAAGUAAUUAUAAAAACAAUAUAAUUAACAAACAAUAGACUUGAAUAUUAUGAGAAAAUAAUAUGAUGAAUUAGUAAGUAACUACUAUUUUAUUUAAUCUGAGAGUAAAGUGAAUGAGAAGAAAAUAAAAGAAUUGAAUGAAGAGAUAGAUCAAUUAAAAUAUGAAUUGUAAUCAAAAGAACCAAGUGUAAGUAGUGCAGAAACUGUAACAUCACCUAAGGAUUCUCAAAGAAGUUUUAAAAAGAAAGGAUAUAAUUAGAAAAUUAAAAAUAGUGCUUAGGUUAAUUAUCUUAAUCCUCAAAAUGUUGAUGAAUUAAUUCUUUAACAAGAGGAAAAUUAAAAAUUAGUAAUUAAGAUAUCAGAAUUAAAGAAAGAAUUGGUAGAAAAUUAAAAAUAAUUAAAAACAAUUUCAGAAGAAUUGAUUACUAAAGAAUAGAUUUUAAUUAAUUAAGGUUAAGAAUUGAUGUUAAUUCAGUAAGAUUUAAAGGAAAUGAAAAUUAAAGUUGAAUCAGUUAAUCUUUUGGAAUAGAGACUUUAAGAAUAAGAAAGUAAGUAUUCAGAAGAAAUUCAUAAGAUGGCUUAAAAGUUGGCAAUCGUUAAUUCAGAUUAUUUGGGAAUGAAAGUAAUCAAUCAAACUUUACAUAAUCAACUAGAUAAAUAUUAGAACAAAUUAAAAUAAUAAUAAUCACCAUGA